AUGAAAUCUACUUCUUCUGACGACAUAAGCGCUUCUGAAGAAUUAUUAGAUGACUCAAGCAAGAAAGUAUCUGAUAAAACACAGAGCAGGACUAGAGAUAUAGAGCAGGAAAGGUCAUUACGUAUUACAAUUAGAGUUCCAAACCGCUCCAUGGCUGGUAAGAGAAGUAGAAGACGUAGAAUCGAGGCAAUAGAAAGUAUAUCAGGAAGUGAAUUAGAUGAAUUAGGUUCAUCUAAUGAAAUUGAUGAGACAAUAAUGGAAGAAUCAGUGGAUACAGAGGAAUCAGAGGGGUUUACAGAGGGAUUAGGAGGAAGAUCAGGAGGAAUGAAGGAGAAAGCAGGAGAACAGAUAAGGCUUACGAAGCGUCAAAGGGCAAGAAUGGAUGAAGAAGUGGGGGAAACAAAUGAUCUUGUGCAGUUACCAGAAACUAUAAAACGGCGUCAUCAGAAUCUUACAGAGGAAGAACUAGCGUUGAAAAGGAAUGAACUUGCAAGACGUAGGAAAAAUCUGUCAGAACAAAAGUUAGAGGAAGAAAAGAUGGGGACUAUACAUAAGCUUCUUAGUAAGCAAGUUAUGCAUAAAUAUAAAAAAGGUAGAAUGGAGGAAGAGGGUGGAUCGGAUGAAGAAAAAAAUGUACCAAAAGCGUUAUCUCCGGUGAUGUCACGAUGGGUUGAUAGAAAGGAGGGUACGGUAUUUGGUAUUCCGAAGAAAUGGCUUGAAAUGAAUGUUUCUACGUAUUUUGAGGCACAAAAAGAGGUUAAGCCGAAAACUACGAAAAAAGUGUGUUCUAUGUGCGGUGGAGCAGGUAUAUACAAUGUAAUAGGGUCUAAAGUUCCUAUGCGUGCUUGUAGUAUUCCAUGUCUUCGUUUGAUUCAGUCGAAAACAUGA